AUGCCAACACUUACCCUCACCUUCGCGAAGUUGCCAUUGCAGCCGAGCACGGUCAGCUAGAGUCUCUUCGCCAUGCCCUAGGCAACUUAAGUAACAUUAAUGAACCAGUAGAAGAUGGAGACACAGCUCUGCAUCUUUCCUGUUUGUACGGCCAACUCCCAUGUGUUCAGCUGUUGCUAGAAAAGGGAGCCUAUUUGGAGGUCAAGGAUGCGGAGGAUGCUAUUCCCUUGCAUGAUGCCUGUGCAGGAGGAUUCACUCAAAUUGUACAGCUUCUUAUCAAUAGUACUAGUGAUCCUACAUGUGUAAAGAGAAUGUUGGAGACAGCUGAUGUGGAAGGUGACACACCUCUACAUCAUGCUGCUAGAGGCGAGCAUGUAGAUGUUAUUAGGUUGCUGCUUGCUUCUGGGGCUUCUCCUACCAAGACGAAUGUGUAUGGGAAGACCCCUGGUGACCUUGCUGAAUGUGACACUGAAGCUAAGAGAGUUUUGGAAGAGGCUGUGAUAGCAAUGCGUGGCUGCUAAGUUUUUGGAUUAUAUCAUGAACGUGCUUUUUGAAAUCAUCUUUGACCAUAUGAUUCUGAUUGUUGUUCACUUUGUGUACUUGGAAUGUUUUGUCUAGUGAUUUGCAAGUAUGACAAACUUAAUGUGUACCCUCAGUUUGCCUUUGCUCUUAUACAGAACAACAGACUGGAGCUAGAUGGUGUUCCCCCUCAUUUACAUCACAAACAAUUUAUGGUUUCAUUUUAUUUUAUUUUUUAUUUUUAGUGUAACCAACUUUUUUUAUACAUCAGAAAGGAAUGUGUAACCUACUAUUAUCCGGCAAAGUUCUUAAAUUUAGCUGAAGAAAAGCAGAUUCUUAUGAAACCAAAUUACUCAUUUACUUUGAUAGUUUGAUCACUUAUCAAUGAGAACACACAAACACAGUUUAGGAGACAUGAUUCUAUCCACAGCAUCCACUGCCAGGUUGAGUCUGGUGUUCUUCGUGCUUAAAGCUAACAAUUUUUCCCAUGGCAGUUUCAUGUUCAUGAGCAUUAGGCACUUCCAAAAUCUGGAAGACGAACAGAUUCAUCAGCAGAGCAAUUUUUUAAGAACUGAUUUCAGAGAGGUUACUCUUUGCGAGUUUGUGGCAAGUACGUGAGCUGUUGGAUUUUUUUGAUUCUAGACCAUAUCUAAACCUAAACCUAUCGAUUUGGACUAGACUUUAACAAUUCAAAUUAAACUGGAUAACAUCCCUAAGUGGCUAAGUGCUACCUGUAAGGCGAGAUUUUCAAAGCAAAUAUCAACAUUUUCUCGAGUCUUAGCACUGCAUUCAAGAAAUAGGCCCCCAAAUUUUCUUGCCAGAGCUAGCCCUUCUUCAGUACUCACUUUCCUUUCGGACUCCUGAAAGUACAUGAUCGCGACA